AUGGACCCUGAUGGAUUUUGUCAGGCCUUGUGGGACCCUGCUCCCCCUGGCAGCUCACUAGAUGAGCUUGUCAAGAACUGGAACAACCAGCUCCUGGCAGCCAUCAAUGAGAUUGUACCUAAGCGCCCCCUGCGACCCCACCGAAACCAGCCCCCCUGGUUUACCAAGGAGCUCCAGAAAAUGAAGCAGGACCUCAGAGUGAGUAUGGCGGCGUGCUCGAGACAGAGCCUCAAGAACAUCUUAUAG